ACUUAUCUUUUUCAAAUAUUGACAUUGCUUAUCAAAAAAAUUCUGCGUAGCUCUGCCAUGAAAAGGAAAUGGCAAGGAAUGAAAGGAUGUUACCCAAAAGUCCACACAUACUAAGAAAAGUCCAUAAAUCAGACUCUCUUAGCCGUAAUUCUAUUCUUUCUUUUUUUGGUUGGAACCACUUAUAUAUAUCUCUCUAUAAAUAUAUAUAAUCCAAGUUAGGCCAAUCCAUUUAUGUUUGAUGAUGGAAUUCUCAAUAAUGAAAAACAGUUCUUCUCAGAAAAUAUCAAGGGUUAGACAGUACAAGAAAUCUUCAGUUCCUCGUUUGAGAUGGACGCCUGAGCUUCAUCAACUUUUCAUUGAAGCUGUUGAACAUCUUGGAGGAAGUGACAAAGCAACUCCAAAGAGAAUUCAACAGAUGAUGGCUGUAAAGGGAUUGAAGAUUUCUCAUGUUAAAAGCCAUCUCCAGAUGUACAGAAACUUAAAGGAGCGAGCCAGCACCACUAUUGUUAGGUCGUCUUCCCCUGAUCAGCAAAUAGAAGCUGGAACUCAAUUAUCUUAUAAAGCAGGAGUAAAUGGAUACAGUGACCAAAUUGCUGAAAAUGUACAUUGCUAUGACUACCAGGAAGCACAAGGAAGUUUAAGUAGUGGAAUGACGAAGGAAGAAGAAGGUGAAAUCUCUGAGUUUCCACAAGCAGAUGGUGAAUGUGAACGGGAGAUCAAUUUUUGGCCUUUGAAUGAUUAUGAAAAUUCCCAGUCUAUUAAGGAUAGUUCUCACAUUAAUCUAGAUUUAUCUAUUUCCUCAUGUUUCUAUUGUUAAUUAUGCUAAUAUAGACUAUAGUGUAGUCCCCUAGCUAUUACUGUUUGUCUUAUUUUAUAAGUAGUACAUUGUGGUAUAGCAAUAAUACUGGCCUUUGUAUCUAGGUCUAGGCGCCCAGUAAUUUUUGUACGAAUGAACAAAGAAAUUCUAGUGGAUUAUUUAAUUCUUAUCAUUUGGUCC